UCUUGAACGUUGCGUACAGAUCAUCUGCGACCUACACCUCCGAGUCAUUCAAGCGACGACUUCUUUUGAAAGAUAAAAUCAAAAGAAUACAAUACAAUGGGUCUCAUCAAGUCCCUCGUCAUCGACGGUGUUAAGAAACGCUACAGCACCGGAAAUAUUAUCUCGACGCUGUUCGAAUCCUGCAUUCGAUUUUUGCAGUUUGUCUUUGGUAUCGCCGUCAUUGGGCUCUACGCCCAGGAUGUUAAUCAUGCAAGGAAAUCGGGACUUCCUAUGGAUUCUGUUUCAAAAUGGAUCUACGCCACAGUCAUUGGCUCUCUCUCUUCAAUCACCGCCAUAAUUUACAUCCUCCUCCCCUGCGCCGCGCACAGGCCACUUUCCAGCUUCCGGGUUCUCCAACUACCCUGCUUCGCAUUUGACUCACUCAUGUUCGUCCUAUGGCUCGUGGUCUUCGGCAUCUUCGCCAAAAUGUACAUCUCGAAGGACCACAAGAAAGAUGCAGACUUGAAGCGAAUGCACCAUGCCGUGUACGUCGAUCUGAUCAAUCUGUCAUUCUGGAUGAUCACCGCGGUCUGGUGCGGACUGAGGUGGUGGAGGGGCGACAGGGCGGCGAAGCAGGCGGAGAAGAACGAACAGUUUGCUGCUGAAGAGGGACAGAUGCAGCAGAUCCAUUAGAAUCCUUGUGAUUCUGCAUGAUAUCUACCUCAAAUGGGUGAGGGAGAUAAUAAUUGUGGAGGCGAGCCUUUUGCGUUGGCGAUGGCCACAUCCCCAGAUACUCACAUGUUAUCCUGUUAAUCAUAUCACGGUGUUGGCAAGGUGUUUUGGGUGGCCAAUUCAUUUUAUGUGCAUUAUGCUGCU